AUGGAGAGAGAUACGGAUGCUGGAAUUCCUAUCUCGAAGCUGGAUUACCAAAAUUCAGGCGCCGCGACUAUCCUGUGCUGCAACUGCGGUGCCCCCAUUGACGGAACCACUGCUGCUGAAGCACUGUGCUCGGAUUGCUUGAGACUGGAUGUGGAUGCCUCUGCCGGUAUCCAACGUGACGGAACUCUCCACUGCUGCAGAGACUGCGAGCGAUGGCUUCAACCACCCAACAGCUGGGUAGUUGCAGCUCCGGAAUCGAAGGAACUCCUCUCUGUUUGUCUCCGCCGUCUCCGUGGCUUAUCGAAAGUCCGCAUCAUCGACGCCAACUUCAUCUGGACAGAACCGCACUCUCGCCGCAUUAAAGUCAAGAUUACCAUUCAACAAGAAGCGUCGCAAGGCACAACUAUUCAACAAACCUUCGAGGUCGAAUAUGUGGUUGCAUCACAACAGUGCGCAGACUGCAAAAAGUCAUUUACUCACAACACAUGGCGAGCAGCCGUUCAAGUCCGACAGAAGGUGCCGCACAAACGUACAUUUCUAUACCUCGAACAAGUUAUCCUGAAGAGUGGGGCUCACAAGGAUACGGUCAACAUUAAAGAGGCCAAGGAUGGUCUUGAUUUCUACUUCGCAGCGCGGAAUCACGCCGAAAAGAUGGUUGAUUUCCUUACUUCCGUCGUGCCUUGCAAGAUGAAGAGAUCCGCAGAGCUGAUUUCUAAGGACAUUCACACAAGCGUCAGCUCCUAUAAAUUUACAUUCUCCGUCGAGAUUGUCCCUAUCUGCAAAGACGAUCUCGUCGCAUUGCCUAUCAAGCUAGCCCGCCAGCUAGGCAACAUCUCACCCCUCACUAUCUGUCACCGUGUUGGAAAUUCCGUGAAUCUUAUGGAUCCUAACACCCUUCAAACCGCCGAAGUGCCGACAGGCACGUACUGGCGGGCUCCGUUUAAAAACCUGGCAGACGUAACCGAACUGAAAGAAUUCAUUAUCAUGGAUAUCGAGUCCACUGAUAAAUCAAAGGGCAAAUACAGACUCGCCGAGGCAACCGUCGCCCGCUCCUCUGACCUUGGAUCCAACGACACUACGUACUUCACUCGGACACAUCUCGGUGGAAUUUUGAAUGCAGGCGACGCGGUGUUAGGAUACCAUCUUACCGGCACCAGAUUCAAUGACGAUAACUUCGAAGCCAUUGAAGCGAGCAGCAAGUAUAGCUCGACCAUCCCAGACGUUGUGUUAAUCAAAAAGUCCUACGCCCGCAAGAAAAAGUCCAAGGCUCGCUCCUGGCGCCUCAAGCGCAUGGCCAAUGAGUACGAGGCUGAGGCUGCUGCCGCAGCCGCUGGUGGUGCUGGAUCUGGCCAGCAGUCCCGCCGUGAACAGCAGGAUGCCAACCGUCUCGAACAGGACUACGAGAUGUUCCUGCGUGAUGUUGAGGAGGAUGAGGAGCUGCGACAGACUUUGGACCUUUAUAAGGUUCAGGCACAGAGUGACGCUGUGAAUGAAGACGACGACAGUGAAGAUGAAGUGCCGGAAAUUGACAUGAAUGAACUGCUCAAUGAUAUGGAUGAGCUCGAGGUGGCUGAUAAAUGA